UAUUGGAUUUUCUUCAACCAUCUCGACGGCAUCACCGUCUACGGCGGAGUUCUUGACGCUCGAGGAGCUUCUCUAUGGGAUUGUAAAAAGUCCGGCAAGACUUGCCCCAGCGGAGCCACGCUUGCUUCAUUGCAAGAUAAACAAGAAACAAUAAGGCUCAAGAACUUGAAGCGGUUUGAGUCUGAUCAUGUGAAUCAACAGACCAUAGGGUUUCAGAGCUCAAGCAACGUCGUGGUCUCCGGCCUGACGUCACUCAACAGCCAGAUGUUCCACGUUGUAAUCAACGGUUGCAACAACGUGAAGCUUCAAGGAGUCAAAGUAUCAGCCGCCGGAAACAGCCCCAAUACUGACGGUAUCCACGUUCAGUCUUCCUCCACCGUCUCAAUCUUCAACACAAAAAUCUCCACCGGCGACGAUUGUGUCUCCAUCGGUCCCGGCACUAACGGACUCUGGAUCGAAAAUGUCGCAUGUGGUCUCGGUCACGGCAUUAGCAUUGGGAGCUUGGGGAAGGAUAGCGUGGAAGCAGGUGUACAGAACGUGACAGUGAAAACGGUGACGUUUAAGGGAACAGAUAACGGAGUGAGGAUUAAAUCAUGGGCCAGGGCCAGUAGUGGAUUCGCUAGGAACAUCCGUUUCCAACACUGCGUUAUGAACAACGUAGAGAAUCCCAUAGUCAUUGACCAAAACUAUUGUCCUCGCAACGAAAAUUGCCCUCGCCAGGUUUCGGGGAUCAAAAUCAGCGAUGUGUUGUUCGUAGAUAUACACGGAACAUCAGCGACUGAGGUUGGGGUGAAACUUGAUUGUAGUCCUACGAAACCGUGUACCGGAAUUCGACUUCAGGAUGUGAAGUUAACGUACCGGAAUAAACCGGCUGCAUCGGCUUGUAUUCACGCCGGAGGAAUAGAAGCUGGAUUUCUUCAGCCAAACUGUUUAUGACACAAAUAUAUGUUUUUUUGGUUAUUCUCUUAAUACUACUACUUGAAAUUAAAAGUAACGAUAUAGUAAAUUAUAAUUUCGUAGUUUCCGGUCCGAUACAUAUAGGUCGGGAUGACGGAUGGAAAUUAAGAUGCAUGAGCUAUGGCGGUUUACAGCCGUUGGGCCUAGAGCCUAGCCUGGCCUUGCUUUGUAGAAUAUGGCCCAUUGAUGAUAUAAUAUGCCAUGCAUGUGUUGUGUAAGUUAUUGUAGAAUAUGGCCCAUUGAUGAUAUAAUAUGUCAUGCAUGUGGUGUGUAAGUUAAUGUUACUUUUUG